GACAGUAUGUGUAUUGUGGAAGCACAGCAUCGCAAACAAAUACACACACACAAAACAACGUUUAGCCUAGUCAAAUAAGUAAAUCAUAGGAAACUUUUGAUUUGAAGGGCACUUUCUUCCGCCAAUCGUUUCUUGAUUCUCUUCUAGCAUUGUCACACAUAUUUAAAGGCCAUGUCUUCUCAGGUACUCCGAACCCUAACUGAAAUAGACUACGCAUGUACCGUGGAAGUAGUGGUGGAGCCGGCAGUACAGCUCUUGGUUGUAGUCCGGUAUCCGAACCUCGUCAGUACAAACUGCGAGAUGAAUCGAGAUGCUUUCAUACUGAUGAAGAAACAGCGGUGUAUUAGGUUCUGUGACGUCAUGUACGAUGAAAGCCUUCCAACCCAUUACUUCACGUUUCAUGUCAAGGAGCGUCUGCGCUUUAAGUUUGUCAGCAAUAGCAGUAUCAACGCAGAUCUUAAUGCCCACUUCUAUCAAGUAACGGUGACCUCAGCACGGAACAAGCCACGGAGGGGGUGCACGUUGAAGAAUGAAACGAGUUGCUCCGUCGGAGAAGACCACUUCUGUUUCACCAGCGGUGUAGUCUGCGACGGCAUCAAGAACUGUGGUGUUGAUGACUGGUUCGACGAACGCAAAUCUACGUGUUCUCUUCCCGUUGAGAGACUCAGCUAUGCCCCAGUUAUUGCGGUCCUUGCUGCCAUGUCAUGUGCACUGUUGGCACUUGGUCACAUAAUCCAACGGUGUUUGCCGCCACUCGCAGAUUCCUUCUUCAUAUUCAACGCGAACGAGGAUAACCGACUCUGCAUAGACCCAGUUCUAAUUCCACCAAAUAACACUCCACCAGACAUCCCGACUUUGAAGAGGAUGUCCAUUAUUCCUGUGUUCUCGUCAUCAUCGGAAGAAAGCAGCGAGAUUUUUGAAGAUAAGAACUCCGGUAUUGAGCUCCGAUCUAUCGAUCUUACAGAGGAAUCCACAUCCAAGGCCGAUAUCAAACCAGAAAAAGCGAGAAACAGUAAUAUUAAAACGUUAACUGAGCGAAUACAAGAUACAUUCAAGUCGUUCACCUUCUCAAAGCGGAGGUCGAGUCAGAAGACACAAAAGACGAUUGUGUGAUGUUAUUACAUCUCUGUGGAAUUCGAUUAAAGUGUAACUGUGACGAAAAUAUAUUCAUACAAUCCAACUUAA